GAAUCAGGACUCUGGAUACUACAGAAUCUAACAAUAAAAAUAAUAAUACUUUCAGGCAGUGCCAAGUGCAAGAAACUGAAAAAAAAUAAAAUAAAAAACAACCAGAUUCUUCUUUAUACCCACUAAACAGGGGAAGGGUUUAAGCUGGGCGGGGGGAACUACUACACAUUCACACACAAGAUUUUUUUUGAAUUCAAACAGUAAUCCGGCAACUCUGCUGAUAUGAUACUCUUUAUCAUUCAUGGAGAAAAAAAUGCGCCGUUGGUCCAUUGGGGGCCUUGAAGAUCAAACAUAUUAUGAGAGAUUUCUUAGUUGAUGCUGUGUUCUGAUUUGAUUCUGUAAUUCGCAAAUUAAUCUUUCAUUUAGAGGAAUUGCAGUAAUGGGCAAUGAUGAAGAACAAUCACUGGAAGUGGGUUUGUUAGAAGUAGAACAUGAGCAGAUUCUACAUCAUCAAGAAGAGGAGGAGAGUCAGAACACUGGGGAUGGAUCUAUAGAUAUUCAUGGAAAGCCUACCGUAAGGCAAAAUACAGGGGGAUGGAGGGCCUGUUUCUUUAUUUUAGGAAUUGAGUGUUGCGAGCAAUUGGCAUACUUUGGAAUCAGUAUAAAUUUGGUGACUUAUUUGACAACAGUUUUACAUCAGGGGAAUGCAACUGCAGCUAAAAAUGCAACUAUCUGGUCAGGCACAUGUUAUCUGACAGCACUUUUGGGAGCAGUUUUGGCUGAUGCAUAUUGGGGAAGAUAUUGGACUAUUGCUGUUUUCUCAUCAAUCUAUUUUGUGGGAAUGGCUACUUUAACUGUUUCAGCCUCUGUUUCCAUCUUACAACCUUCCUCCUGUACAGGUGAUGUAUGCCCAACAGCAACUACACUUCAGUCUGCUGUAUUUUUACUCGGGCUUUACCUGGUUGCAUUAGGAACAGGAGGGAUCAGGCCCUGUGUUUCUUCGUUUGGGGCGGACCAAUUUGAUGACACCAAUCCAACGGAAAGGAAGAAAAAGGGGUCUUUCUUCAAUUGGUUUUAUUUCUCAGUCAAUGUUGGUGCACUUGUUUCAAGCAGCAUUCUUGUGUGGGUCCAAGAUAAUGUUGGGUGGGGAUGGGGAAUUGGGAUUCCUACAGCUUUUAUGGCAUUAGCCAUAGGGUGUUUCCUUUUAGGGGCACCACUGUACAGAUUCCAAAAACCUGGAGGCAGUCCAUUGACGCGGAUAUGCCAAGUAGUGGUUGCAUCAUUACGCAAAUUGCAAAACAAAGUUCCUCAAGAGAGUUCACUCCUCUAUGAGAUAAAAGACAAGCAUUCUGCAAUUCAAGGGAGCCGAAAGCUGAAACAUACCAAUGAUUUUCAUUUUCUUGACAAAGCGGCUAUCAUAACAUACGAAGAUGUCCAGAGUGGUGGUAUUUCCAAUCCUUGGAAACUAUGUACUGUGACCCAAGUGGAGGAGCUGAAGAUUUUGGUCCGUUUGAUUCCCAUCUGGGUUACUGGUAUUGUAUUUUCUGCUGUUUAUGCUCAGAUGUCCACAAUGUUUGUGGAACAGGGCAUGAUCAUGGACACCAGCAUUGGUUCUUUCAGAAUUCCUCCAGCAUCAUUGUCUAUAUUUGAUAUACUGAGUGUCAUGAUAUGGAUUCCAGUUUAUGAUGGUCUGAUUGUGCCCAUUGUUCACAAGUACACUGGUAAUGAAAGAGGGUUUACUCCUCUGCAGCGCAUGGGCAUUGGACUGGUUGUAUCAAUAUUGUCAAUGGCAGUAGCUGCCUGGAUUGAAAUCAAGCGUCUGGAUACAGUCACAACUCAUGACAUGGUUCCAAUGAGCAUCUUGUGGCAGAUCCCCCAAUACUUCUUGAUAGGUGCUGCAGAAGUCUUCUUCGUUAUAGGACAGCUAGAGUUUUUCUAUGAUCAGUCACCCGAUGCCAUGCGAAGCCUGUGCAAUGCUCUUACACUUCUCACUGCAUCGUUAGGGAAUUAUUUGAGUACUCUAAUUCUUACCAUCGUAACUUAUGUCACUGCACAAGGAGGGGAGCCCGGAUGGUUACCAGACAAUCUAAAUGAAGGCCACUUGGAUUACUUCUUUUGGGUUUUGGCUUCUCUCAGCUCCUUGAAUAUGUUGAUGUAUGUUGCUUGUGUACACAGGUUUAGUUAUAAAAGAGCCACUUGAGUUUCAAAUCCCAAAUCUUGUCCUUGCCUGUGGCAGCAUAUGUAUUCAUGUGAGUUCUUUGGAAAUUGUAUAGAAGCAUCAAAAUUGCCACCAAUGAGAAAUCAGUAUACCUCAAAACAGUGCAGAGGAAAAAAUUAACAGGGCAGCUUAUUUUCCAAUGCAUUUAAGAAGCCAAGAAAAACAACAGUCUUGGACAUGAGGCAUCUGGCUUCUAUGUGUUCUUCUGCAUGGCCAGCUGGGCCCAUAUCCUGUACUUUGCCUCCUCUCAUUUGUCUCUGGCUAUAUUUAGGUAAAUUGAUCUGUAUUUGUUACUCUUCUCUUAAUUUUGGAGAUUUAACCCAGGUUUCAUCUGUUUUUAUCGGACUUUUCCCCUUAAAAUUGUAUUUGUUUAUAUAUUAUACAGUUAAAAGAUUAUUUGUUCUUCUCAUUUUUCUGUU